GCCCGUCCCCUGCGCCGCCGCCCGUGCGCCUCCCGGAGCCUCUGCUGGGCCCUGACGUCUGCGAGCCGCGGCCGGUGGACCCCGGGCGCGCGCAGUUACGGGCAUGGCGCGGGCGCCUCCUGCGCGCCCCACACCCCAGGGAGCCCAUCCGCGCAGGCGGCGGCCCUGGUGUCGCGGCGGUGGCCUGAGUGGACGUGGAGCCGGCGGGCAGCCUCGGGGGCAGACAGGCGACCUAGCGGCGGGCGGAGGUGCUAACUACAUCUUGGCAUCUCCCCUCGGCCACAGGGUUGGAAGCCCAGCGAGGCUAGAGGCCAGUCCCAAGGUCUCCAGGCAUCAGGCCUGCAGCCCAAGAGUCUCAAGGCGGCCGGGCGGGCGACUGGACGGCCGGACAGAGCGGCUUGCUGGCUGCCUGUGGGUUUGCUGUAUUGUGUCGGUGGUAGCUUCUGGUUUCCAGCAGGAGAGCUUGGUAGCUGAGGGAGUCUGUGACCCAGGAAGUAGCAAUUAAAUGCCUGGGAUGCUGGCCUGAGGCCGGUGUGUGCUCUAAGGUCUCGAGCAGCCCCGCCCACCAUGGACCCAGAUCCCCAGGCGGGCGUGCAGGUCGGCAUGCGUGUGGUACGCGGUGUCGACUGGAAGUGGGGCCAGCAGGACGGCGGCGAGGGCGGCGUGGGCACGGUGGUGGAGCUUGGCCGCCACGGCAGCCCCUCCACACCCGACCGCACGGUGGUCGUGCAGUGGGACCAGGGCACGCGCACCAACUACCGCGCCGGCUACCAGGGCGCGCACGACCUGCUGCUGUACGACAAUGCCCAGAUCGGCGUCCGGCACCCCAACAUCAUCUGUGACUGCUGCAAGAAGCACGGGCUGCGGGGCAUGCGCUGGAAGUGCCGCGUCUGCGUGGACUACGACCUCUGCACGCAGUGCUACAUGCACAACAAGCACGAGCUCGCCCACGCCUUCGACCGCUACGAGACGGCCCACUCGCGCCCUGUCACACUGAGUCCCCGCCAGGGCCUUCCGAGGAUCCCACUCAGGGGCAUCUUCCAGGGAGCAAAGGUGGUGCGAGGCCCCGACUGGGAGUGGGGCUCACAGGAUGGAGGAGAAGGGAAGCCAGGCCGUGUGGUGGACAUCCGUGGCUGGGAUGUGGAGACAGGCCGGAGUGUGGCCAGUGUGACGUGGGCUGAUGGUACCACCAACGUGUACCGUGUGGGCCACAAGGGCAAGGUGGACCUCAAGUGUGUGGGCGAGGCGGCAGGUGGCUUCUACUACAAGGACCACCUCCCCAGGCUCGGCAAGCCGGCCGAGCUGCAGCGCAGGGUGAGUGCUGACGGCCAGCCCUUCCAGCACGGGGACAAGGUCAAGUGUCUGCUGGACACUGACGUCCUACGGGAGAUGCAGGAAGGUCAUGGCGGCUGGAACCCCAGGAUGGCAGAGCUCCAUGACCCGCCACAGUUUAUCGGACAGACGGGCACCGUGCACCGCAUCACGGACCGCGGGGACGUGCGUGUGCAGUUCAACCAUGAGACCCGCUGGACCUUCCACCCUGGGGCGCUCACCAAGCACCACUCCUUCUGGGUGGGCGACGUGGUCCGGGUCAUCGACGACCUUGACACGGUGAAGCGACUGCAGGCUGGCCACGGCGAGUGGACGGACGACAUGGCCCCCGCCCUGGGCCGCAUCGGGAAAGUGGUGAAAGUGUUUGGAGAUGGGAACCUGCGUGUGGCGGUCGGUGGUCAGCGGUGGACCUUCAGCCCCUCCUGCCUCGUGGCCUACCGGCCGGAGGAGGACGCCAACCUGGACGUGGCCGAGCGCGCCCGGGAGAACAAAAGCUCACUGAGCGUGGCCCUGGACAAGCUUCGGGCCCAGAAGAGUGACCCGGAGCACCCGGGAAGGCUGGUGGUGGAGGUGGCGCUGGGGAACGCAGCCCGGGCUCUGGACCUGCUGCGGAGGCGCCCAGGGCAGGUGGACGCCAAGAACCAAGGCAGGACUGCCCUGCAGGUGGCCGCCUACCUGGGCCAGGUGGAGUUGGUGCAGCUGCUGCUACAAGCCAGGGCGGGCGUGGACCUGCCGGACGAGGAGGGCAACACGGCGCUGCACUACGCAGCCCUGGGGAACCAGCCUGAGGCCGCCAGGGUGCUCCUGAACGCUGGGUGCCGGGUGGACGCCAUCAACAGCACCCAGAGCACAGCGCUGCAUGUGGCCGUGCAGAGGGGCUUCCUGGAGGUGGUGCGGACCCUGUGCGAGCGUGGCUGUGAUGUCAACCUGCCUGAUGCCCACUCAGACACGCCCCUGCACUCUGCCAUCUCGGCGGGCACUGGUGCCAGCGGCAUUGUCGAGGUCCUCACGGAGGUGCCCAGCAUCGAUGUCACCGCCACCAACAGCCAGGGCUUCACCCUGCUGCACCACGCCUCCCUCAAGGGCCACGUACUAGCCGUGAGGAAGAUUCUGGCUCGGGCGCGGCAGCUGGUGGACGCCAAGAAGGAGGACGGCUUCACGGCACUGCACCUGGCAGCCCUCAACAACCACCGCGAGGUGGCCCAGAUCCUCAUCCGGGAGGGCCGCUGCGACGUGAAUGUGCGCAACCGGAAGCUGCAGUCCCCCCUGCACCUGGCGGUGCAGCAGGCCCACGUGGGGCUGGUGCCGCUGCUGGUGGACGCCGGUUGCAGUGUCAACGCCGAGGACGAGGAGGGGGACACAGCCCUGCACGUGGCGCUGCAGCGUCAGCAGCUGCUACCCCUGGUGGCCGAUGGGGCCGGGGGGGACCCAGGGCCCUUGCAGCUGCUGUCCAGGCUACAGGCCUCGGGCCUCCCGGGCAGCACGGAGCUGACGGUGGGCGCGGCGGUCGCCUGCUUCCUGGCGCUGGAGGGCGCGGACGUGAGCUACACCAACCACCGCGGCCGGAGCCCGCUGGACCUGGCCGCCGAGGGCCGCGUACUCAAGGCCCUGCAGGGCUGCGCCCAGCGCUUCCGGGAGCGGCAGGCGGGAGGGGGCGCGGCCCCGGGCACCCGGCAUGCGCUCGGGACCCCCAACACCGUGACGAACCUGCACGUGGGCGCCGCGCUGGGGCCCGAGGCCGCCGAGUGCCUGGUGUGCUCCGAGCUAGCGCUGCUGGUGCUCUUCUCACCGUGCCAGCACCGCACCGUGUGCGAGGAGUGCGCGCGCAGGAUGAAGAAGUGCAUCAGGUGCCAGGUGGUCGUCAGCAAGAAACUGCGCCCAGACGGCUCCGAGGUGGUGAGCGCAGCCCCCGCCCCCGGCCCGCCGCGCCAGCUGGUGGAGGAGCUGCAGAGCCGCUACCGGCAGAUGGAGGAGCGCAUCACCUGCCCCAUCUGCAUCGACAGCCACAUCCGCCUCGUGUUCCAGUGCGGCCACGGCGCAUGCGCUCCCUGCGGCGCCGCGCUCAGCGCGUGCCCGAUCUGCCGCCAGCCCAUCCGCGACCGCAUCCAGAUCUUCGUGUGAGCGCGCGCGCCGCGCCCGAGCUGCCUUCGCCAGCCCCCGCCCUGUGUUUUAUAAAAAGAUUCUCGGACGUUG